AUGUUCAGAGAUGCAUACCACUGUUGUAAUGUGUCCUGAUACGUAUCUGCCUGAUUUUAUGCAUUGCACAGCUGCCACACAAUGGGAUGAUUUGAUAAUUGCAUGAAUGAAAUUGGUGCGUUUAAUAAAGUGAGUCGACAGUUUUAUAUUUCCAGUUUUCUAUGAGCAGGAACAAAAAGUUAAUCUGCAGUUCACUUUGAAGAGAGUAGAUGGCGCUGAUAAAAAUGUAGGUUGAUUUUAUUGGCUUGUUUCUUCUUGAUGUUUCGUCUUCCCACAAACCACUUCCGGAUCUACUUGUUUACUUUCAGAUGUCUCUUUCUAAAAUGGGAGUAAGCUAGUUAGCUAGCUUGGGUCUGAAAAUCAAAUUUACGAAAAUGCAAUUAAUCAGAACCCACUGAAUUUUACUUUAUUAUUGUUUUUACAGGAACAAACUACAUACAUUUUGGAAAAUAAUAAUUUGGACUAAAUACAUUUACUCUGUAAAAGUGCACAUUUUAAACUUUUUAUCUAGCUGGAGCUAACGUUAACUGUACUUCCCCAUGUAGCUUUGCCUGUCUUAACUUGCAAGGGAAAUUGAAGAGAAGUGUUGAAUUAAACGUUACCUUCUUAGCAUUUACAACAUUAGCACUUAUGAUGAAAAGAGAUAGGCGCGCGCGGCUGGCCGCUGUUUCGCCCAUGACCAGGCUCGCACACUCACCAGGAGGCAGCAAGCGACCCUGCAGACGAGGGAGACCGAGGUCCGAGAAGAGUCGUGGCCGCAGGGACGGUAGCCCGGGGGACAGCGCUGGCGUAGGACGACUAAGCGCUGUCACAAUCCCAGCGACAGAGACAGGAGCGGCCGGAGGUGUCCAGAAUGAAUCAAAGACUAGAGGUUCGCGACGACGUAGCGUGGCAUUUUGCAGACUGUGCCAUGGCACGUUCUCCCCGCGCAGCCUGCGGCAGGCGUUCGGCAGGUUGCAGGGGGAGUCCGUGAAGCUCGCGAGCCCGCCGCCGCUCUUCUGCGCCGACUUCCAGCGGCUUGUGGGCGUGCCGGUGAGCCGCGACCCGCUUCUGUCACAGUUCGUCUGCAAGAACUGUCACUCGCAGUUCUAUAAGUGUCACAGGGUCCUGCUCCCCUUCCUCCAGAGGGUCAACCUGUCGCCCUCCCCGCGCGACAGCACCACGGAGAGGGGUCAUUCCUUGCGGUCUUAUUCUGAAGAAGAUGCCCGUCAGUCUGAUCUCCCCAUCACCUCCUCUCCCCAGUGCCUCCACAGCCUGGUCUCCUGGACACACCACCAUGCGGUAGGCUGCAGUUCCUGCCCCGGCCUGCAGGAGGUGCUGGAGGGGCAGUACAGGGGGGCGGUGCGGGUGGUGUGGGGGUGCGUGGACGGACACAGCUACAUGAUGGACACUCAUCUGGAGAGGGACCAGCAGGCUCUGAGAAGCAGCCCCCUGGACUCUGGGACAGCACUCAGGCCAGGGAGCGCAGCCCUAACCCAUCCCAGCCCCGCUGCCACUCCCCAAAACUCGGCCCCCGCCCUGCGGAUUGCUUCAAGCACCGACACCACCAGCAGCCCUGGGGCAGCGCUGCGCAAUGAGGAGACGGCCACGCCCGAGCCAGCUGACCCUGUGGAUGGAGCAGGGGGCAGCGACGUCUCUGACAGGAACUUUUCUAGCGAGGAUGAAGAUGAGGAGAAGAGGAAGAGCGGCACUUCAGACGAGCUCUUUGAGCCUUUUCCUGAGAAACGGGCCAUCUCCUCCAAGAAGGGCGGCAGGGAGCCCAAGAAGCCCCAGGAACCGAAGGUGCGGAAGAAACCGGGACCCAAGCCGGGCUGGAAGAAAAAGAUCAAGACGGAGCGAGAGGAGCUGCCCAACAUCUAUAAGUGCCCCCAUCAGGGCUGCACAGCUGUGUACCGUGGAGCCGAUGGCAUGAAGAAGCACAUUAAGGAGCACCAUGAGGAGGUGAGGGAGCGGCCCUGUCCCCACCCCGGCUGCAACAAGGUGUUCAUGAUCGACCGCUACCUGCAGCGGCACGUCAAGCUCAUCCACACAGAGGUGAGGAAUUACAUCUGCGACCAGUGCGGCCAGACCUUCAAACAGAGGAAGCACCUGUCUGUGCAUCAGAUGCGCCACUCAGGGGCCAAGCCACUACAGUGUGAGGUGUGCGGCUUCCAAUGCCGCCAGCGCGCGUCACUCAAGUAUCACAUGACCAAGCACAAGGCGGAGGCGGAGCUGGAGUUUGCGUGCGAGCAGUGCAGUAAACGCUUCGAGAAGGCGCACAACCUCAACGUGCACAUGUCCAUGGUGCACCCGCUCACGCAGGGCGGGACCAGCGAGCCGCCCAAUCCCCCGGAAAUAGAGGUGUUUGUGGCCGGGGCUCUGGGCCCACACUCUGGCCCCAGCUGAUGGGCAGAGACUGCAGCAGAACUCUGGACUCGUGUGACCCCGCCGUGACCUUAAGGACAGUCUCACACCACAUACACUCGAACCUGUACCCUAAACCCUGUACCCUCAACCCCACAGAAUAACCUUUCCCAAUACAUCAUAGACCGUAACCUGUACCCCAAACCCUGUACCUUCUACCCCACAGAAUAACCUUUCCCAAUACAUCAUAGACCGUAACCUGUACCCCAAAUCCUGUACCCCUACCCCACAGAAUAACUCUCCAUACACCGCAACCUGUACCCCAAACGCUGUACCCCACAGAAUAACCCUCCACCAUACCUCCCUAUCCCCACAGACACAUCCUUUAUCCCACAUAGCAUACGAAUCCUAUUCCCCACCAUAUAUCCCAUAUACCACACACAGCCCUUAGACGGCUCCUUCACACUGUUACACAUUCCUCACACACGCUGCAAACCAACACCACUUAAUGAAGAGUCACGUCUGUAUGACGUUGCCGGUUGUUUUAUUAUUUGUUUACAUCUCCUGAGCUACCAGCAGGUGUACUGAAAGUCUCUCCCACUGGCUUGUCGUGUCGGUUACGAUAAGGCUGCAUUCAGAAGCUGUUUCCACUGUUAAAAAACAGUGAAAAGAACCUUAUUGAUCAGACUUGGGUGAAACAGGUCAUUGUUUUGGAUUCAAUUACUUUUCAAAGCUUUACUAAUCUUGUUUGGUGUAUUGGAAUCUAUGAAAUACUCUCCAAAAAGUGCAAAACCUUGCCUUCUGGUCCUCUUGCUUGGCUCAGUUUGCACCAGGCAAGAUCAAUCGAGCACAGAAAAGUAUUUGAAUCCAGAACAAUUACGUAGUUAACCCUGGUCUGUUAUCGACUUUAGGAGCCUCCUCUUUUCACCAAUAGAGUUCAAGGUGUGUUUAUGAACAUUAAAAUGAAGAGUAAUGUCUGUGAAUUUGUGUAUAGAACAGCGCGCAAAUCCUUUGCAAGCAGAUGUUCCUGCUGCACCCCUAUUAAUCCCCCCCCAACCCCCACCCCAGACCUGGGUCAAAUACGUAAUUGUUACUUUUUCUACACUUUACUGAGCUUUUCUGGUGUAUUGGAACCUAUGAAAUGCUCUCAGAACCCUGCCUUACGGUCCUCUUUGUUGGCUCAGUUGCAACAGGCAAGAUCAAUCGAGCACAGAAAAGCAUUUGAAUCAAAAAAACAAUUACGCAUCUCACCCAGGUCUGCGCCCUAUAUUCCAAUUCCUGACUCAGCAGAACAGCCUUCCUCUACAGUGUGGGAAAUAAAGUGAAUAAACAUGUAAAUACAGGAA